CCUCCAAUCAUUUCUACCUUCCCCCAAGCUCGACUUCUCACACAACAAUGGCGGACGAAGAGACGCCGGAGACGACCGGACCUGAUUUCCCCACCGGCCGGGUGAAGAAGAUCAUGAAGCUCGACAAGGAGAUCAAUAAAGUCAACUCGGAAGCCCUGUUUCUGGUCACCUGCGCGACUCAGCACUUCCUCGAGUUCCUUGCCGAGAGAUCUGCAGAGGUCGCGAAGGAGAAGAAGCGGAAGACCGUUAAGCUCGAGCACAUGAGGCUCGCGGUGAAGAGGCACAGGCAGACCAGUGAUUUCCUCCUGGACUCGCUUCCCGUGCCGUCUGAGUCAUUGGAUCUUCAAGCGGCUGAUAAAUCCAGAUCUCUUGCUGUAGCUGACAAGCCAAAGCCAGUGCCUGCCGGCACACGGAGGAUCGACCAAUUCUUCUCUAAACCUGUAAGUGAUGCUUCUACUUAGAGUAAUUGCAGUUUUUUUUUCUAUAAGUUAAAGUCGAUUGUGCACAGAAUGAUUACCGAUGAUGAUAAUUACGGUUGGCGAUUGUUGAUCUGUAAUGGAAUGUUGCCAUGGCAUAUUUAGUGAACCGUAGCGAGUAACUAAAGUUACUAUACCAUCUC